AUGUCAGUGAUUUCAAAUGUUGAGUUGGAACUACAAACGGAUCGAACAAUCACCAAUGAUAACGUUGUUACUAAUGAUAAAUUAACUUCAUCAAAAAUACAACAACGAUUAGGUUUUCGAACAUACAAAAAUUUGUUGGUGAUCAGUGUUGCAUUUCUACUUCAAUUUACUGCAUUCAAUGGUAUACAAAAUCUUCAAAGUUCACUCAAUACAGAGGCCAAUAUUGGCGUCAAUUCAUCAUCGAUCAUAUAUGUUUUUCUUAUUAUUUCAUCCAUAUUUUUACCGCAUCCAUUGAUGUCGAUCUUUGGUCUUAAAUGGACUUUAGUAAUUUCUCAAGUAUCGUAA